GAUUGUGGUGGGCUGCGCCGAAUUACGGCGUUCUCUUAGGAUUUGGGCCCUUGAGGGCCGCCAUUUCAGAAUCUAUCUGAAGGAGCCACGUGUCAAAUGGCUAGGGGGCCACUUGGGUCAUUCUGAUCUUUACACGUGGCCUUCUCUUAUUAGGACACCUGUCUAGGGUAAUUUUUACCCUAAACAUUUGCCCCUUACAUGGGUCACGUGGAUGUCACGUGGGGCAUGUGACACGUGUCCACCUAUCAAAGGUGAACAGUAACGGGUAAAAUUUUUGAAUUUCAAAUAAAAAAUUUCCCCCCACUUUCACUUUCUGUAAAUAGAAAGUUACCCCCCCCCCUUUUCACACCUUACGUUCACAUUGACUUUUUAGAGAGAGAAAGAUAGAAAUUCUAGAGAGAGAUUCUCUGCUCCCGUCUGCGUCACAGCAAGUUCACGUUCCCGAGUGCGAGCAGUUCAACACCCGGCUGUAGCGGUUUUCAGAUUUUUCAGAGUAAAAGCGAGGUAACCGCCUGUACCAUUUUAGCUUUUCUCCCUUUCAAUUUGUAUACCAUUUUUUCCGCCUGUAUACCCAGCUUUUUUAGAGAAUAUAAAUGAGUUCCCAAUCCACUCACUCGGCACUGCCUAGGACACUCAGCCGAUCCACCUGAACGGCUAAGUCUAGAACAGGGGGUGCCUCUUCUGGACUGUCGGAACCAAUAUGCUCAUCUCCGAAUUCCUCCCUCUUUGUGUCUGUGCAGGACACAAUGGCCAGAACAAAACAAACGACCAGACGGUCUAAGAGCCGCACACUAUGAGAGUGCUAGCCGAUGAAGUUUUCCCGGAAGGGGAACAGAGGGAUUGGGAGGAGAGCGAAUCUGACGAAGAGGCUCCCUCUACCUCCGGGAGCUCUGGGGUACGAGAGGUAGACGGCGAGGGAGCCGCCUCCUCUAAUGAAGCCGGCGAUGCUGAGGCCGGCCAAGGAUCAAGAGCUGAAUCUUCCGGCUCUGACCAGGACAAUUUUGCAGCUGACUAACAACAGCCGCCCAAAGUCGCUGACAAUCCCAACUCCAAAAGGACCCGGAUGCUGCCGGGUAACAUCGCCCUCCUAAAUAGAGGAUUCAGGGCCUUCAAGGAAAAGCACCCCUUUGGAAGGGGUUGGGAUAUUAUCGUCCCUCCGGCUGACGCUGUAAUGGCUUGGAGUGAUGAUAUUGAGCACGCAGAUGAUUACUUCAUCUGCUACGAGGCGGUUAUCAAAGUCGGCCUCCGGUUCCCCCUCCACCCCGGGAUUAGGAAAAUCCUUAAGGGGUACGAUCUAGGGGUUUGGCAGCUCACCCCCAAUUCGUAGGUGAAUAUCCUAAGUUACAUCGCGGCCUGCGAGUUUCAAAACUUGAACCCCAGCUUCUCCGCCUUCGCUCAUAUGCACUAUUUGAGCAAGGCUUCAGGCGGCCAUGGGGCAUGGUAUGCUCUGACUACCUUGCCCCAAUACUUGAUGACUCUGGACAAAGUGUCCAAAUGGUCCGGGUGGAAGGACAAGUUUUAUUUGGUUUCCUCCCCCACCCUUAGACACAACCGGACACUGCGUCGGUACAAUACUGAGCCGGCUCUUCUUGGACGCAAAUGCCCUCUCCCGGCACUAUCUACUAAAGCCCGGGAGCAAAUAAUGGAGCCGGGAUUCUUUGAAACAACAACUGAUCCCAUGGGGGAUGGGACUCACAUUAUUGUACCCAAAAACUGGAUUCCCUAUCCGGACUUCUUCAAGGACGAGUGCUUCUUGUCCGCCUGCGGGCUAAGUACCAUGUUUCCCAGGGGUAGAAUACUUCUCAUCCGGAAUGAUUGUUAUUUUACUUUAGUUGCAAACUUUCCAUAACUUCUUCUAACCAUAAAUUCUUGCUCUUGCAGACGAAGCCUUGAGAAUGGUAAACCAGGCGAAGACACCGGCUAAGUCCGCGGCGCUGCUGCGCAAAGAGGCGGCACUUGCCAAGAAGGCAGCCGUCGAGGCUAAAGAUUCCAAGAAAGGCGGGGAGUCCGUCAAGAAGAUCCCACGAUCCUUCUCCAAGCUGCUCAAAAGGCAAGGAGACGAUCUGGAGAAGACCCCGGCUGCGAAAGCCGCCAGGAAGGACCCCCCUCCACCCCAGAAACAAACAUCUGCCCAAUCCGGUCGUCCAACGACUGGGGGCAAAUCCCCUGCUGUGCUGAAAAAACUUAGCGAAAGCUCAGAACGCUCGCAACAGAAAGCGCCGGAUGUCUCUACGGCAUCAAAGGGUGGCGAGCCACCUAAGGUUGCAGGCGGUGCGGCAACCACUGGGGAGGAGCAGAAGCCGGAGACCCAUCCGGAAGCCCAAGAUCUGACUUCUCACGAGCAGGAUCUUGCAAGCUUUGCAAAACGAAUGGUGAGGACCCUCACCCGGUCUGAGAAGAACUCCAUACCUGAUCUGAAGGUCGUGGACUUCGACCGGAUAAUGGGUCCACUGGCUGAGGUAAAAAAUCCCUCUACCUUGAUAUCUUUUAUCUUUAAUUUGACUAAGUAACUCAUAAACCGACUGUUAUUGUCUUAGGUGAUGCUGAGAGUGGACAGUCUCCGGGGCCCCUUCAGGCGG